AUGGAGGCCUAUAUCGACGACAUGGUGGUGAAGAGUAAGGAGAAGUCUCAACACCUCGCCGACCGUGCAGAGAUGUUCGCCAUACUUAAGCUCCACAAGCUUUGCUUGAACGCCACAAAGUGCGCUUUCAGAGUUGGCACCGAAAAGUUUCUGGGUUUUCUGGUCACAAAUCGAGGGAUUGAAGCUGACCCAUCACAGAUCAAGGCCAUACAAGACCUGGAGCAUCCCAACUCCACGAAGGACUCCAAGUUCUUCUGGGAUGACAAGUGCGACCGCGCACUAGUAGACCUGAAAGCAUAUCUCUCUUCAGCCCCUAUUUUGGUCACACCUCAGCCAGGCGAGGAGUUGUACCUCUACUUGGCUGUCUCUCAACACGUAGUCAGCGCAGUAUUGGUGCGUGCUGAAGGCAUCCAGCACCUACCGAUCUUCUAUGUAAGCAAGACUCUUCUCCCAGCCGAAACGAGGUAUCUUCUCUUGGAAAAAUUGGCGCUGGCCCUAAUGAUGGCGUCAAGAAAGCUGGCACACUAUUUUCAUGCCCAUACGAUAGUUGUGUUAACCGAGUUCCCGCUUAAAGUGCUUUUUGAAAAGGCAGACUUCACUGGGAGAAUUUUGUUUGUCUCACUGGAAUUAGGACAAUAUGACAUCAAGUUCCGACCGCGCACCGCAAUCAAGGCUCAAGCACUUGCCGACUUUGUGGCGGAAUUUGCCCCUGGGAUGCAUCCAGUAUGCCCGGUUGAUUUGGUUGGUGCGGAUUUAGCACAACCCAUGGUUCUGGCAACAGAAACGAGUGUUGGUUCGCAAGUAGGAAAAGGGACGAGCACGACCGGACUAACAAAGUCCGACGAUGAUGAACCCAACCAAGACAAGGAAAGGGACCAGAAUGAACCGAUCAGAGACUUGGAAAUGAGAAGCUCCCAGAACCCCUCUGAUUGCUGGAAGCUGUUUAUUGGCGAAAUAUGGAAGCUCUUCGUUGAUGGGGCGUCCAACCGACAUGGGGCCGGGCUGGGCAUCGUGCUGAACUCACCGGACGGGCUGAUCAUCGAGCAGGCAAUUACACUCGGCUUCCCAACAUCCAACAACGAGGCUGAGUAUGAAGCUCUCCUUGUCGGACUAAGAAGCGCGCUGAGAAUGAAAGCCACAGCCCUCAUGGUAUUUAGUGAUUCCAAGUUGGUGGUCAAUCAGGUCUUAGGGGAGUAUGAGGCAAAGGACGAAAGAAUGGCCAAGUAUCAGGCGCUAGUAUGCGCAAAGAUCAAGAAGUUCGCUGCAAUAAGGUUGGAACAAAUCGACCGCGAGGAAAAUAGCACAGCUGAUGAAUUGGCCGGACUUGCUUCUGCUCAGACAGCUUUUCCUAACCCCUUGAUGAUAGAAUUUUUACCCCGGCCAAGCAUUGAGAAACCAGAAUCAGCCGAGGCACUCUGCACCGACUUGGGCCCUUCUUGGAUGGAUCCUAUCAUCGCCUUCCUAAAAAAUAGAAUUCUACCAGAAGAAAAGAAGGCGGCACACAAGAUCCGGCUAGAUCUGAAUAAUGAAGCGGUGGCGUUGGAGUUGGACCUUGCUGAAGAAAAGAGGAAGCGAGCAUUGAUCCACAUAGCGGCCUAUCAACAAGAACUCUCCAAAAAGUACAACAAGGCUGUGCACCCCAGGCUGUUCAAGAUUGGGGACUGGGUAUUAAGAACCUAG